AUGUCGGGUCGGAACGCGCCUCGCUCGAAGAAUGGCUGCAGCACCUGCCGCCGUCGUAAAGUGAAAUGCGGGGAGGAGCGUCCAGUCUGCAAACGCUGCUUCAAUCUACGACUGAACUGUGAAUGGGGGAUCCCCGUUAAGCGCGGCAAGGCCAAUGCCCCGGUUCGGCAUCUGCAGCCCGCGCAACCUCGUUGGCCAACCAGCGAUGGCAUCACCACUUGCUCCUCCCCAUCAGCGACCACUCCCUCUCCUGUUCGCGCUGCCGUGACCAACAGCAUUCUCCAUCCUCACUAUGCCAACACUCUAGCUGCCCUCUGGCAUCGGCAGUCCCCCGGACCAGCCCCGGAUUUCACCCCGGUUUCCCCAGAUGUCAGUUUCCCCACGGGAUGGCCGUUUCCGCCCUAUGCGCAACCAUCGCCACUCUACCGGCCCCUGCCCGGAACAGGUGCUCUGCCCUGCACCAAUUCGCUCGUCUUGUCGGAGCAUGAUCAGAAAUACUUUCAGUACUUCCCUUCCUCGUCCGUGGUGUUCUAUUACAUGAAGAAUUGGCAAUGGAGCAGCUUCCGCUAUCUGUAUGAGGGGCCCGCGGCUACCAGCAAGGUCAUCAUGCGCAUGAUCUUGGCGUUGUCUGCAAGUGAUAUGCAUCGGAACGGCCUGGUAGUCCGGUCACCAGGUCGUCCGACCGCUGAGGAUCAUGGCCGGUACCAUUACGGCAUGGCCGUCAAGGAGUUCCGGCAAUUACUGGAAACCCCUAGACCUCAGGUGUCGUUUGCGGAGCUUGAGAUGAUAUUUGCAACCAUGUUUCUCAUGGUCGCGUACGAAUGGCAGUUUGGACACUGCGUGCGUCAUCUCCACCUCCAUCUACAGGGAGUGCGGUCUCUGCUGGAGACCCAUCCGGAAUUGUUCCAUGUGCGCGACGUCAACGAGGUGUUGUUGGCAAUGGAGGCGGACCAGCCUAGUGAUACGGUCUCUCGGGCUUCGUUCAUCUCGGACCAGUUCUUGCUUUGGAUAUUAUAUAUCGAUGUCAAUCGUCGGUCGAUCGGAACUACAGAGUCGCUCUACGACUACGUGCUCAACUCCGGCAAUGAAUCUCUUCACCCAGACCAUCUGUAUCGCUGCGCGCGGCUCUGGAGUCGAUGCUUCUGGGGUAAGCAAUACCCGGACCAGGAGGUAUCAGACGACAUGGAGAACUACCGAGGGCUGGAGUUUGUACACGUCGGAUACACAUUAUGGCAUAAGCUCUGGAAAUGCUUGGAUGAAAAACACACCGAGUCUGGCGACGCACUGUUAGCUGAGAUGAUGGCGGUUCGAGAUGUAUGCCAACCUCCGAACUUAUUUCCAGGCUCCACCCGCCGCACGCUCAACACCAUCUACAUGGCUGUGAACAACUUCUACGCCCUGAUCCUCUUUCACCGUCGUCUCUUCGAUACAGCCCGCUCACCAGCCGCACUGCAUCGCCAAGCCCUCAACAACAUCAUCGACAACGCCCACAAACAAUACACCGCAGACCCACGUCUAUUACGACGACUACAUUGGCCACUCCUAAUGGCCAUUGUCGAAACCGACGACCCACAAGCACCAGGGCCAGCCAGUUCAACAGGCACCAUGUCUGUCCAAACAGCUUGGGAAGCCUGCGACAAAAUCGAUACGCUAUUCAUUCUUGUCUGCUCUGUCUUCUGCUGGCUUAUUAUCCCGGCUGUCGGGCUCGCCUACUCUGGCUACUCCACUCGUUUCAAUAGCAUUGCUUCGUUCUAUCCCGGCCUUUUGGCGGUCGCCGUCUGCUCGAUCCAAUGGUGGAUGCUGGGGUAUUCCCUCGCCUACGGCGAAGGCAAUGGCUUCUUUGGGGGCUUCGGCAAAGUGUUUCAUAUUGGUGUCCUCGCUGAACCGGUCGGCUCGAUUCCUGAGAUUCUCUUCUCAGAGUUUCAGCUCAUCUUUUGCGCGACCGUGUGCGCUAUUGCAAUCGGAGGAGCUUGUGAGCGCGGACGGCUUCUUCCAUUGAUUCCAUUUAUCUUUCUCUGGUGUACAUUCAUAUAUGCUCCUCUAGCCCACAUGGUCUGGUCGGAGAACGGCUUUCUCGCGAAUCUUGGUGCUCUCGACUUUGCUGGAGGCACUCCCGUGCAUAUUUGCAGCGGUGCCACCGCCACAGCAAUGAGUGUAUACCUUUCCUACCCCUUGUUUCGGUCGCGACGCUCUCAGAUUCGAACCCCGCAGCACCUGUUAUUGCAUCGGCCACACAACACUUUAUGCCAACUGCUAGCCCUGAUCAUCAUAUGGAAUGCGUGGCUUGCCUUUGACGCGGGAACUACGCUCGCUCUCAACUUCAAGAGUGUCAUGACCGCCUGCGUGACGAAUCUCUGCGCCUCCUCAGGCGCUCUCACCUGGGCGAGUCUGACCUACUGGGAGACCGGAAAGUGGAGCUUGGACAGUACUUUCUUAGGCGCGAUCGCAGGACUCGUUCUAAUCACGCCGAGCGCAGGCUUCAUCGACAUGAGCACGGCAAUGGGUUUUGGCGUCCUAGGUGCUGCAUGCGGGUACCAAGCUCUCAAAAUCAAGUUCACCAAACGAGCGAAGCUUCUGCGCUGGGUCGACAACGGGGACACAUUUGCUACACACUGCCUGGGUGGGUUUUUGGGCACGAUUGUGACUGGCCUAUUUGCGCAACGAGAAGUCGCAGCAUACGACGGCGUCACCGACAUCGUCGGCGGGUGUUUCUUCGAUGGCAACUGGAGACAGCUAGGAAUACAAAUCGUCGAAGCGCUGAUCGGGUUUGUAUGGAGCUUUGGGGGAAGCUACAUUCUGUAUGCCUUGGUGGACUGUGUACCUGGUUUCGAGGUAUUGGCGACGGAUGAGUACGUGCACUGCCCCUAG